AUGUCCGAGCGAUAUGUCACCCAUGCCACUCCCACUCUCUUCAAUGCCGGUACCCCUUUGCCUCAAAUGUCAUCAUGCUUCCCUGAUACCCUGAAAAACUGUGCUUUGAUCAGCAAAUCGGCCAGUGGCAUAGGAAUGAGCAUUCAUAACAUUCGGGCCUGGAGGUUGACAAUGGUAGUGACUGGUGACGUUUCCGACCAGAAACUCGGGCUUGUCAUCGCUUGGACCAACGUAUGGCGUGUGUACGAAGAUAACUGGAGGAGCUGGGGCUCGAUCAGGCAAGAGGGCGACGAUGAUCUCACCUUGAGCACAAUCGCUACGAGAAAGCUCAAAUUCGGGGUUCGGGCACAGGGAUUGAAGGUAGACUGCCAGCCAGUUUACCAACAAGGCGAUGCGGAAAACCAGUGGGUUGUUCCUUGGGUGCGGUCGGGGUCGUGCUCGGACUUCGGGAACGGCGGCCAGGGAACAAAUAUCCCUCAAAGUUCAUCAACAGAUGCUGAAGUUGGCCAAGCGGACGCGGAGCUGCUCUCAUCGAUGGAAUCCGAACGCGAGGAAAUGCAGCUUCGAACAACGCUGGCGGUUCUUCAGACAUUUCACGUACAUACCUCCUUCCAACUAUUGAUUUUAGAAUCUCUGCUUCCCCCACGCAGUGAGAGAUCGAAUAACACGAUCAAUCUUGUACCGAAAGAUAUUCUGGCGUUCGAACUUGGACCAUUCAGCUCAGUGGUUGGUUACGGAGAUACCAGCAAUAGGAUAAUCAGUUGGUGGGAUGUGACAUAUUUGAAUGGCGUAUGA